ACGACGCUCAGCGUCGCGGACCUCGACCACCUCGAGCGCCUCGUCGGCCGGCUCUUCGACGACGGCGUGCCCGGGGACCUCAUGGAGGCGGGCGUCUUCCGCGGCGGCGCCUGCAUCUUCCUCCGGGGCCUCCUCGCGGCGGCGUUCCCAGCCGAGGCGACCCGGCGCGUCGUCGUCGCGGACUCGUUCGCGGGCAUCCCGCCGCCACGCCUCGACAUCGAGGUCGCGGCCACGGGCGAGACGCACGCCAAGGAGGUCGACCCGACGGCGGACUGGACGGACCGCUUCGUCUCCGGCGUCGACGCCGUGCGCUACAACUUCCGCCGCUACGGCCUCCUCGACGGCCGCGUGACCUUCGUCGAGGGCUUCUUCAACGAGUCGCUGCCGCCGGGCGCGCCGGUCCUGGCCCUCCUGCGCAUCGACGCGGACGCCUACGACGGCGUCCUCGACGCGCUCCACGGCGCGUACCACCGCCUCUCGCCGGGCGGCGCGGUCGUCAUCGACGACUGGCACCUCGGCGGCGCGCGCGCGGCGGUCCACAAGUUCCGCGCGGCGCGGCACAUCGUCGCGCCCCUCCGGCCCCUGCCGUCGGACCACCACGGCGCCUACUGGCGCAAGGGCUGGGACGAGCCCGGGCCCGGGUCCUAA